AUGUCGCAGUCCCCUGCGGCCAAAGUCGACGACUAUGAUGACCCACUGCCGGAGCAGCAGCAGGCACAGCUGCAGCGGGACUGGCAGCAGGCUUACGGGUUUUCCAUUGAACCACACCUUGAGCCCUCGGACACUCUGAGAGCGAGGAUCUUCAGAGAAUUCAGGCGCAAGAGUCUCACAGUCUUGGAGGUCAAGAAGAUCAAAAGCGUUCUAUCCAGCACAUCACCGGCAUCUCAGGAGCAAGUUACCCUUCAGGGCUCUGUCACGCUUCACUUUUCCAAGGAGGCCUUGCAGUCAGUCAACACAAUCAUCGAUUAUUAUUUUGGGCUGCGCAUAUUGGCUAACGCUUGGGCGCUGGCAGGUAACUAUAUGGUUACUGAUCCGGACUCAGUGGAGCGGCGCAUGAUCAAGCUCGACGAUGCCAUCAACUACGCUGACAGCUGUUUGAGGGACACUGUUCAGUUCGGGGGUGGCUCGCUGGCAUGGUUGCAGAAGAACGACACCUUGACCAGAGGGCUCAUGGCCUCUAAAGUUCGCCGCGGCUGGUCGGCGGGUCACAGCCUGCGUGAAGCCUUGCAUGAAACGCACUUGGAGUGGCGCAGCCCUGUGUCCAAAGGGCAGGCCCCGGUUGCAACACCCGUCAAGGACGAUCGCAAGCGCAAGGGGCUCGAGCUUGAUAUCCCAACACCCCCUAAGGCAAGCCGGCCCUCAAGCCAGGUGCAGACGGUGUCCACCCUCAAGGGCGGCAGGCGCCUCUGUAAGCCGUUCAACGACGGCAGAGGCUGCAGCGGUGACUGCGGCGAUGUUCACGGCUGCGAUGUUAGGGACGCCUCUGGCCCCCGUGGGGGCGCCCAGGUCACAGGGUGUGCUGUGCCUGAAAGUGUGGGCCUGGCAUGUGUGCAACUCUUGGACCAGCAUUUCCGGGAGCCUGUGACCAACCAUAGGCGAGAUGUGCUUCGGGAGUCCGCUAAUGCCAAUUACUUCAUACUGGGUCACUUCAGCCACAGCCCUCGCAAUGGCAUUACUGCCCUGACGAAGCAGCUGCCUCAGGUUGUGACUCAGCUUUGCACAUUUCUUUGCGCGUGUUUUCCGGAGCUAGAGUGGUCCAGCAUUGCUAUCUCUCACAAUGAGUUGGCUGGGGCGGGCUCUGGAUCCAGUGUAGCAGCGGGACAGUUGCAUGCAACCGCUCCUUUUCAGGGCGAGCGAUGGGUAUCAUCGGAGGCAUAUCGUGUUGUGCAGCUGAAGGGUCCGCAGCCUCGUCUUGAAGCCAAGCUGGGUUCGCAAGAUGCCACUCCUGUCCGAAGGGUCUUGUCUUCCCAAGCUCGCGAAAGUUUGUUUGCUCAGGAUGCAGCUCAGGAGCUGGCGGCAGCUCGACCUGUCACUUGGCGAGGCCGUGGCGAUCUGCUGCAGGUCCCAUGGGCAAAGGCUGCAAAAGGGCGUUGGCUCGUCAUAGAUUUGUGGUCGGGGAUUUCAGGCUUGUGCGUGACUCUGCUGAGCCUGGGUCUUCAGUUCCAUUGCAUUGCAGCAGAAUCAGACGAAUCAGCCGUCCGCUGUGCUCGCCAUUGCUUCCCAAGCAUCGUGCAUGUCCCCUUGGUGGAGCAGAUAACUGUGGAGACUAUCCUGCCAUACCUCAAGCGGCGCCAGAUCAGGGGGAUCAUAGUUGGGGGUGGAUCCCCAUGCCAACCCAACAGCAUCCUCAACAAAUCGGGCCAAGGUCUCAUGGAUUCUCGCGCACACCAACCGCAGCUCUUGUGCAAGCUUCUUCAGGCCCUUCGUCAGCAUCCGCUCUGCCGUGCUUUGGAGGUCGUUGGUUUCCUUGAGAAU